AUGUUGUAUAGAGAAGACCAUAAGGAUGCAACGACAGAUGCCUUUUACUUUAGACCGGGCUCAUUUGAUGGCGCAAUUUCUAUUAGUGCAAUUCAGUGGCUCUGUUCGGAUAUUAAGUCUGACGGUGGUGCUGCUGCUGCUGCUGCUGCAGCAGCAGCAGCAGCAUACACAGAUGCAGCAGCAGCAGAAGUAGAUGAAGAUUCACAGGAAGACGACAGCGGCAGCUCCGGGGAAGAUAUGGAUGAGGACGGGGGCAUGGAGGCACGAAUGCAGCGGCUGCAGCAGAAGCAGCAGCAGCAUCAGCAGCAAAUGCUGCUGCAGCGGCAGCAACGGAAACCUGCACUCCCCUCUACUGCCUAUAGAAGACAAACUUGUUUCUUUCAACAUCUUGCGCGUUCUUUAAGACCAGGCGCAAGAGCUGCAUUACAAUUUUAUCCUGAGAGUGCUGAGCAAUUAGAGAGUUUAACUUCUGCUGCUCUUCGAAGUGGAUUUGAAGGAGGACUUGUUGUUGAUUAUCCAAACUCUACUAGAGCUAAAAAGUACUUUCUGUGUCUGUGGCUGCCAGGAGGCAACAUCAGGAAGACGCAGCAGCUGCCGAAGGCUCUUGGAACAUCUGGGAUUGUUAAUGCAGGAAGAGAACGUUUAAUGGUUUCUGGGCGUCGCGCUAAGAAGCAAAUUUCGAAGAAAGAAUUUAUUCAAAGAAAGAAGGAGCAACAAUUGAAGAAGGGUAAGAAGGUCCGCCCUGAUUCGAAGUACUCUGGAAGAAAGCGUAAAGAUAAAUUUUAA